GAUGGAGGCUACAAACCACGAUGCUCCAUUCAGCACUCAGCCGCAAUUACCUAAAUCCCAGAAUUCCUUUGAAUCAGCUACACACAUUGGAAAGCAUGCUAAUGAGGCUCAAACAAGUCAGAAAGUCACCAGCAGCGAGAGCUCCGUGGCUUAUGGACAGCAGAACGAUGCCGAAAAAACAUCUGCCGACACUGCUCCUGCUAUUUCAGCCAAGAACAAGAGGGAGACUGAGGAAUGUCGAAGCCCAGCCCUGGAUAAUUUAGAGAACGAUGACCUGGUCAGCCGCUCGACGGAAACAGCAAACGAAGCAACAAAGUACCCAAGCACUUGGAAAGCCUCACUGCUCACCGUUGGCUUAUGCCUAGUCACCUUCGCGACCGCAGUUGACAAUACAAUCAUUGCAACUGCUAUUCCCAGCAUUACAGAGGAAUUCCAUUCCUUGAAUGAUAUCGGCUGGUACGCGAGCUCGUACCUUUUGGCUAGCACUGCACUCCAGCCCUCUUACGGAAAGGUCUACACCCACUUCAACAUUAAAUGGGUUUACCUUGCUGCCUUGGUCGUUUUCGAAGUCGGGUCUGUCGUCGCUGCGACAGCCGACAGUUCCAUAGUUCUGAUUAUCGGCAGAGUUAUCGCUGGGCUUGGUGGCGGCGGACUGACCUCUGGGGGCUCUACUAUACUCACACGAGUAGUGCCAAUUGACAAGCGCGCGGUCUUCAAUAGCGCUUUCGCUAGUACAUUUGGAAUCGCCUCAGUCGUCGGACCUCUCCUUGGAGGUGUUCUUACUGAUAAUCUGUCCUGGAGAUGGUGUUUCUAUAUAAAUCUACCGUUAGGUGCUAUAGCAUUUAUUACUGUGUUAUUCGUCUUCAGACUACCCAAGCGAGCGAGAUCCACACUAUCUGUCAAGGAACGUUUACAGAAGCUAGACAUCUUAGGGGCUUCCUUCUUAGUUCCAGGGGUUGUCAGUCUCCUCUUGGCGCUCAACUGGGGCGGAAUUGAUUAUCCCUGGAGUGAUUCUAGAGUCUGGGGAACUCUCCUUGGGUUUGGCCUAAUUACGAUUGUGUUUGUCGGAACCCAGCUCUAUCGAGGCGAAGAUGCUACUAUACCACCACGAGUCUUUGGCAGACGCGAAGUCCUCACUAGUGUUCUAUUUCAGGCUAUCUUCACUAUGGGACUAUAUGCCCACUUCUACUAUCUACCGUUUUACUUUCAAGUUGUCCAAGGUACGAGCGCAAUGGAUUCAGGUAUACGAACGAUACCUUACGUCGCAGGCCUCUCUAUCCUAGCCGUCGUGGCCGGAAUAGCAGUGAGAAUUAUUGGCUACUAUGCUCCGCCAGCGUUACUUGGUUCGGCACUUUUCACGGCCGGUGCAGGGCUUAUGUACACAUUGCAAGUCAAUACAUCGCAGCCCAGAUGGAUCGGUUACCAGGUCUUGGCCGGAGGUGGUGCAGGUGCUGCCUUUCAGAUGCCACUACUGGCAGUACAGUCUUCUCUUUCAGAGAAAGAUGUUCCUGUCGGCAACGCACUUGUUGGAUUUUUUCUCACAUUGGGCUCUAGUAUUGGCGUCUCUAUUGCGCAGAAUAUCUUUUCCAGCAGCCUGCGAGCGGCACUGGGAGCGGUCACAGGGAUCGACCCAGAGGCAAUCAUUGCUGCAGGUGCAGCUGGAGCUCGAGGAGCGACACCGCCAGCUCGGCUUGCAGAGGUACUUGAGGCGUAUAACAAGGCAGUCACAACAACAUUCAUCUAUGCCGUAGCGACUGGGGGACUAGGUUUCAUCGUAACCCUUUUCUGGAGAUGGACAUCAUUGAGGAGCAAGAAAUAG